AUUAGCCACUAGCCAGUCAUUUUUUUUCGAUGCAAGCGAGAGUCAAGCUCACACUCCUCGCCGACCUUUUGCUCCCAAAUCGCCGACUUAAUCGAUUUCCGUACUCCGACAGUUAAACCGCACCAUUUUCCACAAUUCACUCGCUAAAAUUUAUUCCCUCUCUUUCUUCUCCUCUCACUCUGUAAAUUUUGGUCCGAAGAGAGAGAGAGGAGGAGGAAGAAGAAGAAGUGAAGAAGUUCAAUUCAAUGGAGUACCAGACUUCAUCUGUGGCUCUUUCGCAGAAGCUCUCCUCCGGCCACUCCAUAUACGACGGCGUUUUCACCUCUGCUCCCUCUAAGUUCACUGUAUCGUCUUUCUCUUCCCGGCUCGAAGACUACUGCGAGAUUUUCGGCGGCUCAGGCGCCGCCUCCUCGAUUCCGGUUCUGGAAGUUCCGGAGCCGAAUGAGCGAAAAGCUUCGGUGGAUUUUCGGAGCUCGAAGCUUGAUUACUCCAAUGUCUUCGGUGGCCUUGGCGAUUCCGAAUUCGCAGUGCCGUAUGAGGAGCUCUUUGCUGAGCCGAAGAAAAGGACUAAAUUUCACAAAGAAAGCAGCAGGAGACAAGCUGAAAGAGUGUCACCUCCAAAAGAGGCAAAACGAUCAUGUUCAGAGGAAAAUAUUGAUUUACCAAAUGAAGCAGCUUAUGAGUCAUUUGAUGGUGUUAAGAAGUUCAGCAUGUCAUAUAAUCAAAGCAACAAUAGAAGCAAGAGUUUUGCAGGUGUGCAUUCGGUUCCAGCAUAUACCUGCUUGGUUGAUGAGACCGCUCCCUUGCGCGCCACCGAAGGAGAUAAAUCGGUGUCAAUGUCAAUGUCAAUGUCGUCGGUAGCGAAAGAGAGAACAACGGAGGGCAACCGGUCCGUGAAAGCCAUGAGAGACCAACCAGCUGGUGAUGCCGGCAAACAGGCUUCUGGAGGAGGAAGUGUCAAGGCUCAGAACAAUUCUAAUUGGAAUAAUUCAAUUGAUGAGUUAUUUAACUCGAAUGAAACGGGGCAAGGAACUCCUCCUUCAAGCAGUCCUCCAUUUUCAAGUCAGGUUUCUGAAGGUGAUAAACCAGUGUCGUUAGUAGCAAAUGGUGUUAAUGGUGUCGAGAGAAAAAUGGAGGGCAACCAUCACAUGAAAGCCGCAGGGGACCACCAAGCUACUGAUGCAAGUAAACAGACCUCUGGAGGAGUUGCCAAGUUUCAGAACAAUUCCAAGUGGAGAAGUUCCAGCUCAAUCGAUAAGUUAUUUUAUUCAGGGGAAAUUGCGCAAGAAACUCGUCCUUCAAACAUGCCUCCAUUUUCAAGCACGCGUUCUGAUGGGAAGAGUGAAUUUGAGAAACCAAUGGCUUCUAUGUUUGGGGUUUUUAAUCGUGAUACUUUUGAAGGUGCUGACAGUGUUUCCUCACCGCCAUACUUCGAUGAGGAAGUAGAGACAAACUCUGUUGCAGCUGCAUCUGUUGCUGCUUUGACAAAGGCAAUAGAGGAGGCUCAAGCAAGUAUACAAAUGGCAAAGGAGUUGAUGGAUAGAAAGAAGUUUGGUCCUCAAAAUCGAGUCAAAUUGAGCUUUGACAACAGUAUGAAACCUAAGUCAAGAAAGGGCGGUAAAUUUGCAGACAAAGCUAGCAUAUCCAAAGAGACGAAGACUCAGGAACUGUAUGACACAAUGGAUGUUCCUGUCCAUGUUUCCGCUGAGCCAGAACAAGUUACUCCAGUAUUUGAAAAUGCAUCUAUAAUUAGUGAUGUGAUGGGAACUGGAGAGGAAGUACGUGAAAAGGAAAUUGCUGAUAAUGCAAGCAUAUUUACAAAGAAGAAGACCCAGCAAUUACAAGAAGAGGUUCAUGUCUCUGCUGGGCCAGAACAAGUAUCUGUAGCACUUGAAGACGCAGAUAAACUUAGUGGUGUGAUGGAAACUCGAGAGAAAGUACAUGGACAGGAAUUUAAACCAACUCCAACAGAUCACAGGCAUGAAGAAGCUGAUGACUCAGAAGCAGCAGAACAGUUUUAUGAAUUUGCUGACACAAGUGAACAAGAUGUAUCAGAAGCAACAGAACAGUUCUAUGAAGUUGCUGACAGCAGUGAACCUGAUGUAUCAGAAGCGACAGAAGAAUUUUAUGAAUUUGCUGACUCAAACGGACAGCAUGAUACAGUAUUAGAGAAUCAAGAAGCCAACAAUACAAGGAAAAUGUUCCGAUCUGUAGAUAAUGAUGAACAGGAGAAGAAAACGGACAUGGAAGCCUUCGAAAAUCCAGAGCAAGUUGGCAAGACAUUAAAAGCAGCUACAGAAGAAGAACAAAGAGAAGUAGAGAAUAUAUUCAAUAUUGUUGGAGGGGUUUCUGAGUUUGAUGAAAAUGUGAAUGGAUUAGCAUCAUCUCAAGAGGGUUCUAAUCAGGAAGAUAAUGAGAAGCCACAGGAAGCUCCCAGAGAGCAUGAAGAAACUGCAGAGCUUACAACAACACAUGUAAAGGAAACAUGUGAAGAGAAACAAAAUGGAGAUGACAAGAGGUUUGAAACUCAGGAAUUACAGGAGACUGAACAUGUGGAUAUAAAAUUGGUGGCUCAGGAGUGGGUUGAAAAUGAGAAGAUUGACAGGGAGGCUUGCAUGCUGGAAGAAAAUGAGACGGAACAAACAUAUGCCCAGAGUGAAGAAGACACUGACAGGAGUCUCAAUGAAGAUAACAAGGAAGAAAUCAUCGAGACAGUGAAUGACUUAUAUGAUAAGGAAGAUUUUGAAAAGAGACUUAAAGAUGACAGCAAGUCUGAAGGAAAUGAGAAGCUUCAAGACACCAGACCGAAUGAGAAGAUACUUGAAGAGGCUACGUGUCACAAGGAAUGUGAGAAUCGCCAAGAAGAGAGUUUUGAAUUUGUCGAAGCUGGGAGAAUGCAAAUACUGAUGGAUGAGAGCACAGAAAAUGAGAAAGUGCAGGUGACUCAAGAGGAUCAAAAGAACCUGGAAUGCAAUUUUGAGGCAGCAGAUAACCUGUAUGAGCAGGGUGUAAGUGGGGACCUAAACAGCAAACAGGGAUCUGCUAGACAUGUAGAUUGCGACCAUGUACUGAUGGAUGAGAGCACAGAAAAUGAGAAACUGCAGGUGACUCAAGAGGAUCAAAAGAACCUGGAGUGCAAUUCUGAGGCAGCAGAUAACCUGUAUGAGCAGGGUGUAAGUGUGGACCUAAACAGCAAACAGGGUUCCGCUAGACAUGUAGAUUGCGAUCAAGAUGUAGAAGAAACUCAGAACUUACCAACAAACAAAGAGGAUGGAGGGGUGAGAGAAGUUGCUGAAACUUCGAUUCAACUCGAAGAGAAUGAGCACCAGACAGAACUGGUUGAAGAGGAGAAUGGCAUGGCAGAGAAAGAGAUAUGUGAAACAGAUGGCUUGACUCCAAGUGUCAAACUUCCUGAAGAAUGUGAAAGUGACAUGAGCUUUGUGCAAAAGCAAGAUGACAAGAUUGGUGGAGAGUCCAAUGUAGACUACAGUGUAGGAAGGCAGGUUGAAGAAUGUGAAGAAUUGGGAGAUAUCAAUAGUGAUAUGAUGGGUGCUGAAGUUGCUGUGAAUCAGGAAAGGAACGAGAAUGGUCCCAAAUCUAGGAAAAGAUGGUUUGAUACUAAUGAAGUUUCGGAAACUUUCAUUAAACUCGAGGAGGAUGGGAAUCAAUCAGAAUUAGUUGAAGAGGAGGGUGUUAUGGAAGAGAAAGUGAUAUGUGAAAUAGAGGGCUUGGCUUCAGGUGUCAAACUUGCUGAGAUACUGAAGCAAAUGGAAGAUGUAAUAGAGAUCCAUUCUUCGGACAAAAAUGGGACAAGUGUAUAUGGGCAAAAGCAAGAUGCCCAGCUUGCCAGAGAGCCUGAAGUAGCCUGCAACGUAGGAAAGCAUGUUGAAGAAUUGGGAGAUAUUAAUAAGAACAUGAUGGGACCUGAAGUUGCUGCUGUGAAUCAGGAGGAGAACGUGAAUAUUACCAAGUCUUCUCACAGGAAAAGAUGGUUUGACAAUGGCAAGGAUACAAAAGUAGCUCAGGCUCCUCAUAUAUUUGGUAGAAAAGCAGGAAGUGUGCUACUGGAUAAUGAGACGGACACAAGCCUGUAUACAAAGAUAGAUAAGGAGAAUCAUCAUAAAUUCAUGACGAGUCAAAGUACAGAAGUAAAUGAGGACAGCCAACAAGCAACCUUGAGGCCGAAAGAGAGUGACACCAUUCAUAGUUCACGGAAAGAAUCGGAACAAGAAAACAAUGAAAAUCCACAAACAACCUUGUCUGCAGAAGAGAGUGAAACUGACCAUAAUUCGCAGGAAGUGGAACAAGAGGGUCAAGCAACCCUGACAGCAAAAGAGAGUGAAACGAACUACACUUCUCAAAAAGAAGUGGAACGAGAAAAGGAGAAUCAACAAGAAUCUCAGACUGCAAACGAGUUUGAAAUUAGUGCUAGUUCACAAAAGGUAGUGGAGCUGGAGAAAGAUCACCUGAUUCAGAAAGCAGAAAAACGAAGAGAAAGGGAAAGACAAAAAGAGAAAAGAGCUGUUGAACGAGCAAUUCGUGAAGCUCGUGAAAGGUCAUUUGCUGAUGUCAAAGAAAGAGUGGCUGAAACUCGUCAAAAGGUAAUGGCUGAGGCCCAAGGAAGGUUAGGGAAGACUUCUGUGCAGGCUAAAGAUACUUCAUUAGCUGAGCAGGCUUCAAAGGAAGCCAAACAAAAAUGGGAACGUGCUGCUGUUGAAAGAGCAACCGUAGAGGCUCGGGAUCGUUUCUUAGAAAAAGCAUUAUCUGCGAAAAAGUCGGUUCCAGAGAAAUAUUCUGGUGCUUCUACAGAAGGAAAGCAGGCUAAAAGAUCUGCUUCUGAGAAAUUUUCUGGCGCUUCUAGAGAUAAUGGGGCAAACCGGUCCUCUGAUCUAGAGUCCAAAGGCUCACUCUCUUCAAGCGCAUCAAGAUCCCCAAAUUCUUCAAAUCAGUCUGAUCCUUCCCCAGCUGAGCGGUCUGCUGGAACUAAUGGUGAAUCAGCUCAAAGGAGUAAAGCUAGGUUGGAGAGGAAUCAACGGACAGCAGAACGUGCGGCAAAAGCUCUCGCGGAGAAGAAUAAUCGUGAUCUUCUUGUACAACAAGAGCAAGCUGAGAGAAAUAGAUUAGCGGAAGUGCUUGAUGCCGAGGUCAAAAGGUGGUCAAGUGGGAAGGAGAGAAAUUUGCGUGCAUUGCUCUCAACACUACAAUAUAUCCUUGGGCCUGAUAGUGGUUGGCAGCCGGUUCCUCUUACCGAUAUUGUUACUGCUGUUGCUGUAAAGAAAGCUUAUCGUAAAGCUGCACUCUUUGUUCAUCCUGACAAGUUACAGCAACGGGGUGCAAGCAUUCAGCAGAAGUACACUUGUGAGAAGGUGUUUGAUCUUCUAAAGGAUGCUUGGAAUAGAUUCAGCAUGGAAGAGCGAUAAACUGUUUAUUUUGUACAUAUGAAGAAAGACGAAUAAAGCAUACCAUCUCCGGAGAACAUGGCAAAAUACUUCACCUCCCAAGCCAGCCGCAAUUGUUCAUCUUGGAAUAAAUAGUAAUUAGGAAAUGUAUUUUAGGCAUUCUUUUGUUUAUGUAGCAGCUAUAGCUAGAUUCAUGCUGCAACUCCAAGAAGCAAUUGCACCGAACAGGACUGGCACUGUUAAGCUUGUCCUCAUUCAAAGAAAUGAGAAAUAGCUUAUGCUC